AUGAUGGGUGGAAAAGAAUCCUGCGUUUCAGGACAGGUGCCAAUGACUGACCUGAGCUGCCUUGCCUACGUACUGGAAGAAUGGACUGUUGUGGAGUACCUGAAGAAAUACCUUUUCCAUAUGAUCAUCGCCUUGCUGACAAUGAGUGCAAUGCUAGUUGUUUUUAUAGUUCCUUUAACAAUCCUCUUUUUCAUUUACCUUAGUAAUAUUUUGCUUUUGAUAUAUCAGAGGAACAGUGAGGUAAAAGCAGACCCCUUGAGUGAAGUUUGGGAUAGUGCAAGGAAAACUAUAGCAAGCUUUUGGGAUAUAUAUGCAAGAAUAUGGCAUGGUUAUGAGCUUCAUGGUGUGGAAAACUUACCAGAAGGACCGGGCAUUCUUGUGUAUUACCAUGGAGCUAUUCCUAUAGACUACCUUUACUUUUUGUCUAGGCUGUUUCUCUGGAAGAAAAGACUUUGUCUGUCAGUCGCUGAUCAUUUUGUCUUUCGUUUACCAGGACUUAAAUUGCUAUUGGAAGUGACGGGUGUUAUGCCCGGUUCAAGGGAGGAGUGUCUCCUUGCACUGAAGAAUGGACACUUGGUGUCCAUCUCACCGGGUGGAGUGAGAGAAGCGCUGUUCAGUGAUGAGAGUUACCAACUCAUGUGGGGAAAUCGCAAGGGCUUUGCUCAGGUCGCUCUAGAUGCAAAAGUGCCCAUCAUUCCAAUGUAUACUCAAAAUGUCCGGGAAGGAUAUAGGAUGUUUAAAGAAAGAAGAUUUUUUAGGCAGUUGUAUGAAAGUACUCGAUUGCCGUUUACUCCUCCGUAUGGAGGACUUCCAGUUAAAUUUCGCACUUACAUUGGGGAGCCAAUCCCUUACGAUCCAAACAUAACUACGGAGGAAUUAGUUGAAAAGACCAAGACUGCCGUCCAGGCUCUCAUAAACAAGCACCAAACAAUCCCAGGCAGCAUAUGGAAGGCUUUACUGGAACGAUUUGAUAAACGUUGUAAAAGGGAUUAAAAUGCUUACAUUUAUUUCAUUGUUUUUACUGCAUACAGUAAAAAAACAAUGUCCUACGGCAAUGAUGACUAAUAAUUGGUGUUCAACCAGUUUAAUUUUCAAGAUUUACAGAUUCAACAGAAGAAAACAAUUCACCUCUUGAAGGUUCCCCUGUGUCUUUCAGGAGAUUCUGAAGUCAGAAAGACUGAAGAAGAAAACUUACAUAUAAUAGCAAUGCAACAGCUAAAUUCCCCAAAAGGAAAUCAUGCAGCCAGGAUUUCACAGAAUCACAGAAUCUUCUAGGUUGGAAGGGACCUUAAAAAUCAUCUUGUCCAACCGUCAACCUAACUGACAAAAAUAGACACCCGCACAACAAACAAGGAGCAUCACCAUCACUAAACCAUACCUCCCAGCACUACAUCAACCCGUCUUUUGAACACCUCCAGGGAUGGUGCCUCAACCACCUCCCUGGGCAGCCCAUUCCAAUGGCUGAUAACCCUUUCAGUGAAAAUUUUUUUCCUAAUAUCCAGCCUGAACCUACCCUGAAAUUUGCCUGGUUCCUAAAACAAGGAUGUACAUACACACAUCUGAGAGCCCCAGAAGUUUUGUCUAGAUCUGUGGUUUUAUGUUAUGAGCGAUUCGCGGUCCAGUCUGGGAGCAGAACCUCAGAGUAGGUGUUGUCCCACCGGAGUCUCCACCCCUUGUUGGUCACCUUCCUUGUUGGACCCCACGUGAGACGGUGUCAGAAGAGAAACGGCCUCGCUUUAGCUAACGAACUACUGCUUAGGCCAUUUUUCUAGAGAGACUAUACAAAGAUAAAUAAUCCCAUAAAACCAGAUAUUAAGACUCCUACAAACGCAUCAGCUUA